CCCAACAAAAAAAAAAAAAAAAAAAAAGAAAAAAAGUUUGCAGAGAGGAGAAGGAGUCGGGAAGGCACCGAGCCGGGCGGAGGGACGCUAUGGUUAGCCGCUCCGCUGAUGUUAGGAAACGCGUCAAAGGAGACAUGCAUUCAGUGAGCAGGUCCUGGCUUCUGCUGACGGGCUUCAUCCUCUUCUAUGUCAUCUACCUGCUGCUCGGAGCCCUGGUGUUCUCCAGCAUCGAGCGGCCGGUGGAGGACCGGCUGAAAAGCGACAUGGAGGCGCUGAAGCAGGGCUUUCUGAACCAGAGCUGCGUCAACGCCACGGCGCUCGAACAGUUCCUGCGCAAAGUGCUCACGGCCAACAAGUACGGCGUGUCCGUCCUCAGGAACUCGUCCACGUCCUCCAACUGGGACCUGGCAUCGUCCAUGUUCUUCGCCAACACUCUGGUGACCACCGUCGGUUACGGUCACAACACUCCUCUGUCUGACGCGGGGAAGGCCUUCUCCAUCCUCUAUGCCCUGAUCGGCGUGCCCUUCACCAUGCUGGUGCUGACCGCCUGCGUGCAGAGGCUCAUGUACCCGCUGGUCUACGCCCCCGUCGGCGUCCUGCAGCGCACGGGCAUGGACCCUCGGCCCGCCACCGCCGUCCACUUCACCCUGCUCAUGGUCCUGGUGAUGCUGUGCUUCUUCGUGGCGCCGGCGGCAGUGUUCAGCGCGGUGGAAGUGUCUUGGUCCUUCCUGGACGCCAUCUACUUCUGUUUCAUCUCGCUGUGCACCAUCGGGCUCGGGGAUUACGUGCCGGGCGAACAACCGGGCCAGAAGUACCGGCCGGUAUACAAGGUCGCCAUCAUGGUCUACCUGUUCGUGGGUCUGAUGAUGAUGUACCUGCUGCUGCGCACCUUCCACAGGAUGGCCGACCUGCACGGCCUCACCAACUUCCUGCAGCUGCCGCACUGCGAGGAGGCCGAGCUCGACGACGACCGCGAGCCCAUUAUCGAGGACGAGCCCGAGCGGCAGAGCCCCGCCUCCCCGCGCCUGACGGAGGAAGGCGCCACCAAGCCGCUGGAGCCCGGAUCUCAGCCCUCGUACAACACCAUCAACAAAGGCUGAGCCGUGGUCUGGGAGGACGAGGAGACAAUACCUCACCUGGAGGGCUGAAUCUCAGGUUUUUUCUCAGUUCCUCCAUCUGUUCUUUUCCUGUCUGAAACAGGAGAAAGGGUGAGAGGAACUGAGACGGGAGUUUUGAGAUUCAGCCUCUGGGAAAACAAAAGACACACUUAAAGACGAAAAAGGAGUUUACCAGCAGUGAGAAGGGCUGUGGACUUUACGAACCUCACUUGAACCGUCCACAUAACUAAGGCGGCACACCCAGGCUGAGAGGCACAAGGCGAAGCUUUCCUGCACAGGCCUGGCAGACCCCGGGGAGGCGCUGCACAAUCACGGGUUUGCUGGGGCUUGGCUCGGUGUGCUGACAGCCUCACACAGCACAGGAAGGGCUGGGACCAAACACCGGCACUCACUUUGUGCUUGAUGUCAGACCAAAACCACGCCCGACGUGUCUUACAAGUGUUCUAUAUGCUGUGUUGUAGCGUUAGUCAGGUCACAUGACACCUAAGUGCUGGAGCUGGGCACCAGAUGCAGUCAGUCAUUUCACAGUUAGUUUGUUACGUCACACUUGUCACUUCAACAUGAUGUCUGAGCUCUGAUCAGAGAAACGCACCGUGCACGUUUGCUCACAGGUGUCCUUUAUGCAUGGUCUAGCUUGGGCUCUGUCACCUGUCACACACACGUCCAGGCUGCACUGCCUCCAGACUGUUUACUGGUUUGUAAAAUACUGAUUUUAGUCUGUGGUCCGGCUCUUAUGAUUACAUUUUCAUCCUCGUGGUACUUUUAAUGCACCCUCACAUGCAUGGAUUAUGGAAAUCAUAUUGAAACGACAAGUGUUGCGCCUGCAGGCUGCUGCUCCGUGUCCACACUGAGCGGUUCAGUGUGUGUGCAACUUUACCGGGACAUUUCCCUUCGUCUUGUAGAUUUCCUCUGUGUGUUUUUGGUCUAAGCUUGGAGAGAACGGACGAGCACUGUGCUGUAUCAGCUGUCUUCUUUUAUGGUGCUGCCCCCUAGUGUCCACGUGUAUGUACUGCAACGUCCGACUAAGCCUCUGAAAACAGUCAUUAUAGGGUUAAAGGGUUGGAAGAGGUGGAGUGGAGGAGUAAAAAAAUUGAAAGUCCGGGUGGAUAAGAAGUGUUUGUGCUGACGGAGGGCGUGGCGGCGUCUCAGCAGGAAAACAAUGGCCGUCAGUCACCACCUGCUGUGUUUACCUGUCAGAUCCACUGUGAGUCUGUCUGUCUGUCUGUCUGUCUGUCUGAGACCAGGACGGAGACUCACACCACUCCACAACACCUGCCUCUUCCUCUCAGCACCUGAACAGCAGUGAGCUGCGUGAAGUGUCAUUUAAACAGGCCAAAUAUAUCUCGAUACUGUAAAUGUAAAUAUGUCUUUGUCUGACCACAUUGGUGUACGUAGCUGUAGAGUUAGAAUAUUAAUUAGAUGUGUAUUCACACCAACAAUAAAUAAACUUUGCUUUGUAA